AUGAGCGCCGGCGACAAACCCUCGUCUUCGACAACAUCACUCCAACCACGGGAACCCCUCAAACCGGGAUAUGACCCGUCUCUUCUCCCCGACUACGAGACCCCUUUUAUUACAGACGAUGACCUUCGUGCCUUCGAAAAGGCGCUGAGCGCUCCCGAAGUCGAGCCUUUAGUUGCCAUCAACGACUGGCGUCCAAUCCGUCAGCGCGUCCGACGACCAUUUCGUUCCCGCGCCGUAUCAAAUACCACCAACAAACCGCCUCGAAGAACAAAAGAUGAGACGCGCGAAGGGUUUCUGUACACACUACUCAAAUACCCCUUUCUAGUGACUGUGUUUGCCUGGAUUGCGAUUCUCAGCAUUGUAUAUGUUUUUACUCGGCUGUACAUAUAUCUCUACGAGCACUUUGUGACCUGGACCGGUCGACGGGAGAAGUUGCGAAGGUCACUGCAUUCUACUCGAAAUUACGAAGAUUGGCAGCGUGCGGCGCAUAAUCUGGACAUAUAUCUUGGCAAUGAGAAGUGGAAAGAAAAUGACGAAUACGCUUAUUACGAUUACUUGACGGUGAGGAAAGUGGUAAAACAGCUCAGACAGCUGCGGAAACAAGUCGAGGAGACGCAAAACGGCAAUGUACAGCAUGAAGAAGCCGUGGAAGAUCUUCGCUCACUUUUAGAGGCUUGCGUCAAGAAUAAUUUUGUUGGGGUUGAGAAUCCGAGACUUUAUAGUGAGGCCUAUUCAGGUACGAAACAUCUGGUGCAGGAAUAUAUUGAUGAGGUGCAUUUAUGCCUGGAAUGGCUGCUUAAUACUCGGGACUUGACCAAGGAAGUGAAAUAUCGUCAUUUUCGACAUCUUGAUACAAACUUCGGACGGACUGCGCUGUGUUUGUCCGGUGGAGCCACCUUUGCCUAUUACCAUUUUGGUGUAGUCAAGGCUCUACUGGACAAUGGAGUCUUACCAGAGAUUAUCACGGGAACAUCAGGAGGGGCAUUAGUUGCAGCGCUGGUGGCAACCAGGACAGACGAAGAAUUAAAGCAACUACUCAUUCCAGCUCUGGCGUAUCGCAUCAAGGCGUGCCACGAACGGUUUCCCGCUUGGGUCAAACGAUGGUGGAAGACAGGUGCUCGCUUCGAUACUCUCGACUGGGCCAGACAAUGCAGUUGGUUCACUCGGGGCUCCAUGACUUUCCGGGAAGCGUUUGAGCGUACCGGAAGAAUUCUCAAUGUUUCAUGUGUACCCUCAGACCCCCAUUCACCCACCAUCUUGGCCAAUUAUCUCACCUCCCCUGACUGCGUAAUCUGGAGCGCAGUGAUAGCUUCAGCUGCCGUCCCCGGUAUCCUGAAUCCGGUAGUCCUUAUGAAAAAGAACAAAGACGGCAGCCUAUCCCCAUACUCCUUUGGCCACAAAUGGAAAGACGGCAGUCUUCGCACUGACAUCCCCGUCAAAGCACUCAAUCUCCACUUCAACGUUAACUUCACAACCGUCUCUCAAGUCAACCCUCACAUCAACCUAUUCUUCUUCAGUUCCCGGGGCUCCGUCGGUCGUCCCGUAACUCAUCGCAAAGGCCGCGGCUGGCGAGGCGGGUUUUUAGGUUCGGCAGUAGAGCAAUACAUCAAACUCGACCUGAACAAAUGGCUUCGCGUCCUUCGACAUUUGGAGCUUCUACCUCGUCCCUUGGGACAGGACUGGAGUCAAAUCUGGCUACAGCAUUUCAGCGGGACAAUCACCAUCUGGCCGAAAUCAAUUCCGUCGGAUUUUUGGAAUAUACUUUCUGAUCCCUCACCAGACCGUCUUGCGCGCAUGCUACAAGUCGGACAACAAAGCGCAUUCCCGAAAAUCAAGUUUAUUCAGAAUCGGAUGAAAAUCGAGAAUUUGAUUAUGUUAGGUUUAUUGAAGAAUUCGCUCCAUGGAUUGAAUCAUGAUAACUCGCCUCUACUCUCCCGUCGACAUGAUGAAUAUGACAAAGACGGCGCCGGAGAGAAAAGAGAAGGCGAUGAACUCGACGAAGUGACGAGAAUAGUCUUUUUACCCGGCGAGCCAGAAGAAGAAAAAGGGGCCUUAUCCUCUGAUCGCCUAAGCGUUCCGAAUCAGCACCCUCUCUCAUCGUUAUCGGACCCUCACUCUGCCCCUGUUCCAAGUGAUCAUCGACGGAGUAGCGUCAUUGAUGAAAUGCGUCGUCAAUCAGCUGUGUUCUUUGACGAUUCGGAUGUGUAUUAUGGCGAAGAGAGUGAUGAGAGUACUGGACUAGGUGUUGGUGGUGGUACGAAGGGCAUCUAG